AUUAAACGCUUUGCUUCGCCAACAUCGAUGGGAGAAACCUACAUCAAUCCUUAUGAAGUCCACAAUCAGGGUGACUCUGGCAUCACACCUACAAGUCGCGGCACUACCGCAACUCUCGACGGCUCCGUCGAUGAACCGCCUAUACGAAGCGCGGGCUCGUCCCAUUAUCUGACUGAAAAGCCAGGNGGCGAGACUCGCUGCAUAGAAAACAUAUCCACGAUCGCAGUCGGAAACGACCAUGAUCAUAAUGAGCUUGCUGUUUGUGCUCAUACCCUGACCGGAAUCGAAGUUGCACGACGCCUUCAGACCGAUGUUGAAGAUCAUGAUCGUACUGAUAUCAAGACAGUNAAAGGUCUCUGCCAAGCUGAUUGCGCCUUGCGUCGCGAAAAAUAUGGUCGUAACAAGCUCGAAAGCUCUGGAGGUGUAACCUGGUACAAGAUUCUUCUUCGACAGGUAUCUAAUAGCUUGACCCUUGUCUUGGCCAUUGCAAUGGCACUAUCCUACGGUACUGGAGACUUUAUCGAAGGUGGUGUCAUUACUGCUGUCAUCGUCCUGAACAUCAUUGUCGGGUUCUUCCAGGACUAUCGCGCUGAGCAAACGAUCCAAUCUUUGCGUGCCAUGGCAGCACCUGCUUGUCGUGUGAUCCGUGAGAACGGUACCAUGCUGAGUAUCAAAGCCGAAGACUUGGUUCUUGGAGAUGUUGUACAGCUUGCCACUGGUGAUAUUGUACCUGCCGAUUUGAGACUUUAUUCAAGCAUCAAUCUGGCAACCGACGAGGCGCUACUUACUGGUGAAUCCAGACCUUGCACCAAGGAUGCCCUCGAAACUCUCAUUCAGACUGAAUGUCCUCUGGGUGAUCGUAUCAACAUGGCUUACUCUUCCACGACUGUCACACGCGGAAGAGCUCAAGGUAUCGUUACCGCGACUGGUAUGACCACCGAAAUUGGCAGGAUCGCUCAGCUCCUUCGCGAGAAGAAAGAUUUUGAAGACAGCUCGUCCUCCGUCUCUCGUGUGCUAGGACGAUCUCUCCAUGGUAUCAAGAGCGCGCUUGGACUUAUUGGCACUCCUCUCCAGGUCAAGCUAUCCUACUUUGCUUUACUCUUAUUCGCACUCGCCAUUCUCUUGGCGAUCAUCGUCUUCUCCACCAGUCUUUGGGAUAUCGACGGUGAAAUACUGAUUUACGGCAUCUGUGUCGCUGUAGCGGUCAUUCCAGAGUCUCUUAUUGCUGUACUGACCAUCACGAUGGCUAUUGGCUCCAAGGCCAUGGCUGCUGGCAAUGUUAUUGUCCGCAAGCAAGCCGCUCUCGAGGCUGUCGGUGGUGUCACCAACGUCUGCAGCGACAAGACCGGUACCCUCACUCAAGGCAAGAUGCUCGCCAGGAAAGCUUUUCUUCCAAGUGGAAGACGUUUGAAAGUUGUCAACGAAUUCAGCCCGUUCGAUCCGACUCGCGGAGAUGUAUUGAUUGAUGAUGUUCGUCUUGGCCCAGCUUCGUUGAAUGAGAUUGACGAGCUCCAUUACUUUUUCUCGACCAUCGCAUUGUGCAACAUGUCCAACGUUAUUGGACCUCACAACGAUCAAACCCUAUGGUCUGCCACUGGCGAACCCACAGAGAUCGCCUUGCAAGUUCUGGCGCGCCGUGUCGGACAUGGCAAAGAUGAAGUUCUCUCUCGUACUGGCAUGUCUCUGCUUACAGAGCACUCUUUCGACUCGUCUGUCAAGCGCAUGUCUGUUGUCUACAGCCUCGCCGAACGAAAUCGCACUAUUGUAUCCUUCACCAAGGGUGCUACCGAGGCACUUCUGUCUUUGCUCGAUAUGGAGGAUGGUCAACGUCGCGAAAUUUUGCAUCAAGUCGAUACCAUGGCCAGUGAAGGUCUACGUGUUCUCUGUCUUGGUUACCGUCAUCUCGAUGAAGCCGAUCUCGGAUCUAUUACCGAGCGUACUUUUGUUGAGGCCGAAGGUUCGCUUACUUUUGCUGGUCUUGUUGGACUCUACGAUCCUCCUCGCUUGGAAUCUGCUGGCGCAAUCAAGCAAUGUCAAGCAGCUGGCAUCGUGGUUCACAUGCUCACUGGAGACCAUCUCAAGACAGCGACCACGAUUGCGAAAGAGAUUGGCAUCCUUGGGCCUGACGUAUAUGGCUCGAAUGCUCAGACUGCUGUGAUGACUGCGAUGGAUUUUGACAAGCUGACUGAUGACGCUCUUGAUGUAAUGAAUCCAUUACCGUUUGUCCUCGCGCGUUGCAGUCCGACCACCAAGCUUCGCAUGUUGGAAGCACUUCACCGUCGUGGUCGCUACUGUGUCAUGACAGGCGAUGGUGUGAAUGACUCGCCCGCUCUCAAGGGCGCUGAUGUCGGUGUUGCUAUGGGUCUGAAUGGCAGCGAUGUUAGCAAAGAGGCUGCAGACAUGGUUUUGACUGACGACAACUUUGCGUCCAUUGUCUCCGCCAUCCGCGAGGGUCGUCGUCUGUUCGACAAUAUCCAGAAGUUCUUGCUUCAUCUGCUGAUUUCGAACAUCUCGCAAGUCAUCUUGCUACUCACCGGUUUGGCAUUCAAGGAUCAUCAUAACGUGUCCGUGUUUCCACUCUCGCCAAUCGAGAUUCUCUGGGCCAACCUUCUUACCUCCUCUUUCUUGGCCAUUGGUCUUGGUAUGGAAGAGGCAUCCGCUGAUGUUAUGACCCGCGCUCCACACAGUCUCAAAGCUGGCGUGUUCACAAAAGAGCUUAUCGUCGACAAAUUCAUCUACGGCACUUUCAUGGGAGCCCUGUGUCUGGCUUCUUAUGUCAUUGUCGCUUUCGGUGUCGGUAAUGGGGAUUUGGGUUAUGACUGCAACGAGUCCUACAAUCCAUCCUGCGACUUGCCUUAUCGAGCUCGAGGCACAGCAUACAGCGUCCUCACAGUAUUGCUAUCCGUAAUGGCUUGGGAGGCGAAGCACCUCACUCUUGGGCUGUUCAACAUGGACAAUUCCACCAGCUUCAUCGGUAAUCUGAUGAAAAACCGCUUCUUGUUCUACUCGGUGUGUGCUGGGUUGCUGACGCCUAUCCUUAUCAUUUACAUACCUGUUGUCAAUAGACAAGUUUUCAGACACACCGCUCUGAACUGGGAGUGGGGGUUGGUGUUUGGAAGUGUUGUUCUGUUUGUGUCGCUUGUCGAGGCCUGGAAGGCUAUCAAGCGUCGCAAGGGCUAUGGAAAGAAGCUCUCAAGUGAGAAGUACAUUGAGAGGAGUGAUGACAGCAGUGUUUUGACUGCCGUUUAG